AAGUCGUGAUAAAGAAGAGGGAAAGUUGGAGUCCGCGGAGAGAUUGCGCAGGUUAAGUAGUAGCUUACAUCGUUCCCGGACUGAUAAGCGCGCCAAGACUGCUGAUAAGCGCCUCUACAAUCCGUUGGCCGCAAGUCGGGAAAAUCUCAUCGUCCCCAUCCCGUUAUUCUUCUCCGACGCUAUCUACCCCCACACCGAUUGCGGCCAUGUUGUACGAGCUGAUUGCCAUUGUCCGUCCGGGCAGUCUCCACGAGGUCCGAGAAAUCGCCCGUAAUGCUGGCAUUCAGGUCCUGCGCUCCGGCGGCGUAGUCCGCGGAUACACCAACUGGGGCACCUUCCGACUCCCCAAGCCCACCACAAAGCACCAGGCCAGAUACACGGAAGGUCACCACUUUAUUAUGCGUUUCGAUGCCUCCGGCCCCGUACAGAUGGCUGUCCGCAGAACCCUCGGUCUCGAUCCCCGGAUGGUUCGGUUUUCGGUGGUCAAGCUGGGCGACAAGCUUGAAGACAUCAAGGAUGUCCAGGGCAAGGUUGAGUGGAACAACGCACGCAACAUUUCCGAGUCUAUCUAAAAGAUAUCGCUUCUUUGAUUACGGAUUGGAUGGAUGAAAUGAAGAAGAGCCGUUGUACAGCUCAUCUAGGUUGUUGAUUUACAUUCGGACAUUGAUGGUUCACUGUAUUAUUGGGAUUGAGGAUUGUAUUUUUGUACUAUCAUACCAGCAUCGCAGGCGCACAUAUAUAUAUAUAUCACUUAAUUGGGUUUCAUUUUGAGGUGCCAUUCUACACCUGUCCAGAUUCUCCAUGGGCUGCUCAACGUGACACGUGACUUAUAUCAAACAGCAGCGCUAUCAUAGCCCAGUUCGAAAGGACUUUACUUUCGCUUAUUAGACUUUAUGCUAGUUUAUUACCACUAGAUGAUCAUCGCAUCCGGCCAUUUGGUUGGCAACAUGUGCUUUGCAGAAGUGGUUUCCGAUUCCUUUUGUGUCGAAUCACUCUGAUGUAAAUAUGCCGAGUUACACUUGGAAAUUUGCGGUGUAUUCUCAGUGUAGCUACUUGAGAAGUUUUGAUCCCCCACAGAGUUGGCAAAAGCCAUCUAUAUGUUGAGAUUCACAAUGAAGGCAGUCGAAACCUCCACCCGAUCAGCCGAGGUUCGCC